AUGGCGCAGAUCAGAGGAACGGCAGGGUACCACCUCGGCAACCAGAACAUGUCGUCCUCUUUUGGCGGACCUUCGAGCUCAUCCGCGACCAACGACCCGUCGCCACUUGAUGCGAUMCGCCAGCAGACGAGCAAGAUUGAAGAUAUGCUGGACACCUGGUCGGAUCCAGUCAAACCAUAUCUUCCUGCCAUUGGACGCUUCCUCAUUGUUGUCACGUUCUUGGAGGAUGCUCUAAGAAUUUUGACGCAGUGGAGCGACCAGUUGGAGUACCUACAUGCCUACCGUUACAUGCCAUGGGGUGUCAACCACAUCUUCCUCCUCAUCAACGUGGUCGCCAUGACCGGCAGCAGCAUCCUCGUCAUCAUUCGCAAGUACAGCGAGUAUGCGGUAUGCGGUCUAAUCGGAGUUGUGAUUACGCAAGCACUGGGCUACGGGCUCAUCUUCGACGUCAACUUCUUCCUGCGCAAUCUUUCUGUCAUGGGCGGACUGAUCAUGGUGCUCUCCGACAGCUGGGUCCGCAAAAAGUUCGCGCCUGCCGGUCUUCCACAGCUCGACGAGAAGGAUCGCAAAAUGUACUUCCAGCUUGCCGGCAGAAUUCUCCUCAUCUUCCUGUUCAUUGGCUUUGUCUUUGCGGGCGAGUGGACAUUUGGCCGUGUGAUUGUGAUUGCGAUCGGUGCUGUGGCAUGUGUGAUGGUCGCGGUGGGUUUCAAGGCGAAGUGGAGUGCGAUUGUGCUGGUUAUGAUUCUGAGCGUGUUCAACGUUAUUGUGAACAACUUCUGGACGCUCCACCCACACCACCCGCACAAGGACUUUGCCAAGUAUGACUUCUUCCAGAUCCUCUCCAUCGUUGGUGGUCUGUUGCUUCUGGUGAAUAUGGGACCGGGACAGGUCAGCUUCGACGAAAAGAAGAAGGUCUACUAG